AUCUUGGUAUCUUAACUUCUUGUUAAUAUUAGUCUUUAAUCUUGUUUUUAAGUCAAUUUUUGUCUUUUAUAAAUUUUUAAUAUUUAAUGAGAAGACAAACUUUUAAUGAAAGUUCUGACAUGGAUAUGAAAAGUGAAUUAGAUCUUAGUGGUAAAUUAAUAAUAAAAGUGCAACUUGGCGAUGAUAUUCGUCGAAUUCCUAUCCACAAUGAAUCAAUUACGUACGACGAACUUGUUUUAAUGAUGCAGAGAGUAUUUAGGGGAAAGUUAACUGCAAAUGAUGAUAUUACAAUUAAAUACAAAGAUGAAGAUGGCGACCUUAUUACAAUAUUUGACAGUUCCGACUUAUCUUUUGCGAUUCAGUGUAGUCGUAUAUUAAAAUUGCAAAUUUUAUUGAAUUCAGAUUUGAAAAAUGAAUGCUUAAGUGUAUUAUCAGAACCUGAAGUUACGAAGCUGAAGAAGCAGCUUAGAAGUAUAAGAGACCAAGUUAACAAGUUAUUAGAUUCAAUUGAUGUGAAUGAAAAUAAACAUUCUUCAAUACAAGAACAGGGCGAACAGGCUCAUGUCGACAACCCUUCAAAUACAUCCUUGAACAAGGUGAAUUCUAGUGAAUUCGAUCCCCUGCAAGAAAAAAAUUUAAAGAAUGGAACAGAAGAUGUUAAAGAGUCCUCCAAACCGCCUACUCCUCAAGUUAACAGUGAUAACUCCACUACUAGGCCACAGUCGGUUUCCAUGACUUCUACCCCAGGGCAGCAAUCCAUAGUAACUUCAGCAGCUAACCCACAUAAUAUGAGUGACUACUUUGGAAGAUCGUCAAGUGCCAACUUCCCCGGCAUACAAUACGGUUCAUUGCCUUAUCAGCAGUAUAAUUUUCAGCAGACUGGACGAUAUGUUCCCCAAGUUAUGGAUAGUUCUCAAAUACCCAGUUCAAAUUCAUAUUCAAAUCAGCCACAAGGGAGUGUGCCAUAUCCACAGCAGCAACAGUAUGUUCCGGGUGUUUAUUCAACUUCGGGCCAAGGAAAUCCAUACUCUAAAGGAUUUACACAACCUUCCCCUCAACAUGGAUUUUUGCCUCCUCGUCAGUAGAAAUAUGUAUUUCUUUUAAUAUGAAUCAUUUAACUAAUUAAGAACUAAGACUUCAGUAGACAUAACAUUAUGGAUACUAUUUUAUUGAUAUUACUUUAUUCAUUUUAUUAAGUAUACUUUGCGUUUUAUUGUCUGCUAUAAAUAAGCUGUAGUUGUUAAGCAAUAAAUAUUUUUAAAAUA